GUUCCCCUAUCUGCCGGAGCCAGUUCCUCCAUUUAAGAUGCUGACUUGUUUGUGCUGAGGGGACCGGGCCUGAGCGGCCGUCUUUGCCUGCGAAGCUCUGCAGCAGAGCAGGAAGCUGCAGCGUUGAGAGCUGCUGAUCUGUGGUUGAUAGGCCUCCUCAGAAACACGCGCAGAACAGAAGGGAGGGAGAGCGAGGAGGGCCAAGUGACAGCCAAAGAGAGCAGGCGAGGAGUUUCAGUCCACGGCUGCUAUGUGAGCAGACCCUCAACCACAGCAGCUCUCUGUGCUGUGCCCGCUGCUGCUGCCGCUGCUGCUGCUGCUGCUGUCCCGGGCCCAUAGGAGGAGAAACAGAAGGAGGAGUGGGGUCCAGCAUGGAGCUGUAGAGACACGCUCAGAUGCCCGUGCAGAGCGACAGUGGAGGAGGAGAGGAUCUCUGCAAUGAACAAACCCAAGAGGAAAUCCAAUGUGGAGACUCCCGGGGUGCAGAGGGGCAGGAAGGCGGUCCAGCGGAGGAGGAACACAUGCCCCAGUCCUCAGGACAUCAGCAGGGUGCUGCAGAGCCCCAGCCCCGCUCCCAGCCCCACCGCGGCCAGCCUGGAUGAGCUCAUACAGCGCUGCCUGCACUGCAUCGAUUCGGAGGGAAAGAUUUCCAGCCCAAGAGGCUCCCAGUUGGUCCACAUGACCCUAAUGAUGCACAGCUGGGUGGUGCCGUCUCAGAUGUUUGCCCAGAAACUUCUUGCUCUUUACAAGGAUUGUCCCUCCGACAAAAGGGGAAGCAGGCGGGCGCAGAUCUGCCACCUUGUCAGGCAGUGGAUUAGCCAGUUCCCAGCCGUGUUUGAGGUGGACCCCCUCCUGGAGCAGACCAUGGGGGACCUGUGGGCUCUGGUGCAGUUGGACAGAGAGAAGAUCCACUCGCAUUUCAUCGACACCUCCUGCUCAAACCCUCGCGUGAACAUCUCCCAGGCCCCCUCGCCAUGUGUGAAGAAGAGGAAGGUGUCUCUGAUCUUCGACCACAUGGAGCCAGACGAGAUGGCGGAACAUCUCAGUUACCUGGAAUUUAAGAACUUCUGUAACGUUUCAUUCAUGGACUACCGCAGCUACGUGGUGCGAGGUUCGGUCAGAGACAACCCCGCCCUGGAGCGGUCGGUCAUGAUGUGCAACGGCGUCUCCCAGUGGGUCCAGCUGAUGAUCCUCAGCAGACACACGGCCCAGCAGAGAGCCCAGGUCUUCACCAAGUUCAUCCAUGUGGCCCAGAAACUGAGAUCUCUGCAAAACUUUAACACUCUAAUGGCCGUAACUGGAGGCCUCUGUCACAGUUCAAUCUCUCGCCUCAAAGACACGUCUAACCUGCUGCCCCCCGACGUCACUAAGGCUCUGAGUGAGAUGACAGAGUUGCUCUCCUCGCGCAGCAACUACAGCAACUACCGCCGGGUUUACAACGACUGCAAAGGCUUCAAGGUCCCCAUCCUGGGCGUCCACUUGAAAGACCUGAUCUCGCUCAAUGAGGCCAUGCCGGACUACAUCGAGGAGGAGAAGAUCAACCUGAGCAAGCUGCAGCACCUGUACAGCAACAUCAACGACCUGCUGGCCAUCCACAGUUGCAAGCCGCCGUUCGAGGCCAACAAAGACCUUCUGCAUCUGCUCACGCUCUCUCUAGAUUUGUACUACACCGAGGAUGAGAUCUAUGAGCUCUCAUACACCAAGGAACCCAAGAACCCCAAGAUUCAGCCUGCAGCUCCAGUCAAAGCCCCAGUGGUGGCAGAGUGGGGGUCAGGGGUCACCCCGAGGCUGGACCCCGACACCAUCUCCAAACACGUCAAGCAGAUGGUCGAUUCCAUCAUGAAAAACUACGACCCCCACCAGGAGGGCUACAUUUCACUGGAGGAGUUUGAAAAGAUCGCCUCCAACUUCCCCUUCUCCUUCUGCACUCAAGAAACUGACAGGGAGGGGCAGAUCAGCCGCGAGGAAAUCACCUCUUACUUCAUGAGGGGAAUGUCGGUGUGUGCCAAGCUGGGCUACAACUUCAACGACGCCCACAACUUCCACGAAAUCACCUACAAGCGGCCAACCUUCUGCGACACCUGCGGCGGCUUUCUCUGGGGUGUCAUUAAACAAGGAUACCACUGUAAAGACUGUGGCAUCAACUGUCACAAACACUGCAGAGACCUGGUGAGGAUGGAGUGCCUGAAGAAACACAAAAACACCAGCGGCUCCUGUCCCUGCACCCCUGCCCCUGACUCCAAGGCAAAGGGCAACAGCUGGAGCUCCGAGGACGAGACCUUCGUUUUCCCCCAAAGCAACGAGACUGAAAACAGCAGCAGGGGGAACAACACAGAUGACUCGAUGCUGUCGGACCGCUCCACUCAGACGGAACCAGGGGUCUGGACGCCCGAGAGGGACAAACGGGGAGAGCGCCUCAACUUUGUUGUCCAUGCAUCUCCAGAAAGAAGGGUCAACCCGCUGCCACAGAGAACCAGAGGAGUCUCCAUCCCAGUUUCUCUGCUGCAGAAGAUGGACCUGCACAAAGACAAAAGCAGAGAGCCGGACUGAGCGCACCUCUCCGUGCGCGGACGAAGACGCCGUGUUUCUGACUAAACCGGAACUAAAACUCAUCAGAUUUCGGACUCUUUGGCUGUGGAACACCAGCAUUCCCGAACAGACUUCCUGGACCGUCCAGCUGAGCCGUGGAUUUUUGAUCGUCGACCUUCGGAGAAACAUUUCCUCAAUAAUUUAUGAACGGCUGUUUGUUUGUGGAGCUGGUGUGUCUUGGAUUUCUGGUGCUAAAGAUCUCAAACUCUUUCUUGAUCCUUUCAGGGCAGAAAAUAAAAGACUUCACUUUGGCAGCUAAGACUGUGGACAUGAAUUCAAGAGACUGAGGCCAAGACGAAACAAAAUCUGCUUUUAUUUACUCGGCUUUGGGUUGGGUCAUGCUGUUGGGUGAAAAGAAGAGCAAUUCUGUUGUGGUACUUUUUAAAGAAAUGAAUAUACAAACCAGAGGAAGACGUUCUGAUCGAAACGCAGGAGCUGUGUGUGACAAACAGGAAUAAAUCUCUUUCAAAGCAGCUCUUUUUUUUUAGCUGGAUUAGAUUGUAUUCAACAGUAAAUAAAAAAGGGUUUUGAUCAAAACCCCAAAAAGAACUGCCAAGCGCGGUGGUGGGAGGGCCUCACGUGGGCCCGAUUCUGUCAUCAUAGAUGGGGAAUGAAAAAAAAAAUGAAGAAGCUGUUGAGAGAUGUUGACAGAAAUCUGUGAAACAAACUGAAGAGCGGAUGAAAAAAUAAAAGAUUAAAAGCUUG